CAGCGAGCGGCCCAGAUGCAGGCCAUCAAGGGUGUGGUGGUGGGAGACGGAGCUGUAGGUAAAACUUGCCUACUGAUCAGUUACACAAUCAACGCAUUUCCUGGAGAAGAUAUCCCUACUGCCUUUGACAAUUAUUCUGCCAAUGUUAUGGUAGAUGGAAAACUGGUGAAUCUGGGCUUAUGGAAUACAGCUGGACAAGAAGAUUAUGACAGAUUACGCCCCCUAUCCUAUCCGCAAGCAGAUGUGUUCUUAAUUUGCUUUUCGCUUGUGAGUCCUGCAUCAUUUGAAAAUGUCCUUGCAAAGUGGUAUCCUGAGGUGCAGCACCACUGUCCCAACACUCCCAUUAUCCUAGUGGGAACUAAACUUGAUCUUAGGGAUGAUAAAGACAGGAUCCAGAAACUGAAGGAGAAGAAGCUAACUCCCAUCACCUAUCCGCAGGGUCUAGCCAUGGCUAAGGAGAUGGGUGCUGUAAAAUACCUGGAGUGCUUGGCCCUCACACAGCGAGGCCUCAAGACAGUGUUUGACGAAGCGAUCCGAGCUGUCCUCUGCCCACCUCCCGUGAAGAAGAGGAAGAGAAAAUGCCUGCAGUUGUAAAUGUCUGAGCCCCUAGUUCUUGGUCCUGUCCCUUGGAACCUUUGUUCGCUUUGCUCAAAAAAC